CGGUCACUCUGUUUGUAAAUGUUUCAAUUUUCCCACUAAACCACUAAAGUAAGUCGCUGAAAAGUCGAAAGUUGAGAGAAGUCUAAACCCUAGUUGCAAUCAACAGUUUUCGCAAAGGAGAUCCCUGAGAAUAAACCACUGCUGAACCGGAAAGAUAUGCAAAUAUGGACUUCCACAUACUGAUCGUCAUCGGUUGUGUGUUCAGCGCCUCGCUGCUCUCGUUCCUGUUCAUCAACAAGAUCUUCCGGCGCAAGACUUUCGAGGAGGUGGUGGCUGAGAAGCGCGCCCUGAGUGCCAAUCUCUACAAGGCGGCCGGUGGAGCGGCAACCAAGAAGCCUAAGAAGAAGGAACUCAAGCGCGAGAAGAAGCAACGCCAGCGGGAACAGCAGCGGGAUGCCAACAACGAACCGGAACCCGAGGAGCCCGAGGAUUACUCCGAUGGUCAGUCGGAGGGCCAGGGAUCGGUUGCUGAUGAGGAACCUGGGCUAUCCAAGCAGCAUGUUGAGUUUGAGCCCGAUGCAGAGAUCUUGAGCGAGCAGCGCCGACCCAGUAGCGUGGCCGAAAAGGAGAACCAACCAUCGGUUGCUGGCAAAAAGGGCAAGAAGGAUAAGCGCAACGGCGGCAACAACAAGACCGCUGGAAUUCUGGUCAACAAGAACGAAACUGUGGCUAUUAAGGCUCCAAUCAUUUCCGAAGAGACACCAUCUUUAAAUAACUUUGAGACCAAGGUACCUAAAGAUGUCGUGGAACUAAAGAAGCAGGAGCAAAAGGAGCGCAAGGAGGACAACAACAAUAAGCAGCAGUCACAGAAGAAGAACGGUGGUGGUAACGUGGCCAAAAAGGAGAAGCCAGCAGCUGCCGAAGCCGAGGCUCCCGUUGUGACCAAGCAGAUCCUCAAGCAACAGCAACAGCAGCAGCAGCAGAAUGGUUCGCCCAAAACACAGCACAACCAGGCCAACAAUAAAACCAAGCAGCAGCAGCAAAACAAGAAACAAAACCAGAAGGAAACCCUUACCGCCAAGGACUUGGCUCAGGCUUUGGACAAAUUGGCCGACCACCAAAAUCAGACCAUUGGCGUUAACGCUCUGAUGAACGUGUUUUCCCGAGCCGAGCUAAACCGAUCUGAGAUCCAGAUCCUCAUCGACUACUUGCUAAACAAGCAGCAGGAUAUGCCCGCUUCGCAUUCGGAAUGGUCCGAUGACAUCUGCCAGAAGCUCAAGCGCCAGUUGGAGGAAAAGGAAAAGUUGCUGGCUGAGGAACAGGAGGCAUCCAUUGGCAUUCAGGCUAAGCUGCGCGAGCUUCGUCAGGAGGUGAACACGGAACGCGCCCAGAUGCAUGCACGCAUCCAGGCCUACAACGAUAAGUUGCAGGGCAAGGAGCAGGAGCUGGCCGCCCUCAACCAGGAGUUGUCCAGUUUGAAUGACAAACUGGCGCUCGAACGACAGCAGUUCCAAACUCUCUUGAGGGAAAAGCAAGCCAACUCGCAGGAUCUAGUGCAGUUGCAGCGUUUGCAGCAGGACCUCGCCCACAAGGAGAAAUGCCUGGCGGACAUGACAGCGUUCGUGAAUGCUGAGACGCAGCAAAAGAACGAGGUGAUCCAGCAGCAGGCGCAACAGUUGCAAGCCCUGGAGCUGCAACGCGACGAGCUGGAAGCUCGUCAAAACAACAGCAUCUUCGAGCUAGAACAGCGCAAACAGCUUGAACAAGAAAACGCCGAGUUAAAGCAGGAGCUGUGUGCAGUCACGCAGGCGCAGUCUGAGCUGCAGCGUGUCCACGCCGCUGAGUUGCAGGAGCUGCGUCAGCAGUCAUCCGCCCUGGAGGCCAGCAACCAGGCGCUCAGCCAACAGCUGACCCAAGCCGCUAGCAGCGCCGUUCAGGCCACGGCCGCCCAGUCGGAGCAGGCGCAGGUCCAGACCGAAACUUUGGCCAAGAAGCAGCAGGAGCUGAACGCGCUGCGAUCGCAGGUUGGCUCGCUGACGGAUGCCCAGGCCCAGCAACAGAAGCAGGCCACCGCGCUGCAGUCCCAGCUCCAAGAGGCGCAGCAACGCGCCGAGCUCCUCCAGGCUAAGGAACAGAAGCUUCAGCUGGAGCUUCAGGAGCAGCGGGAGAAAAAUAAUGACGUGCGUAUGAAAAAUUGGAAAUUGAUCGAAGCGUUGCAAAAUGCCGAAGCAUUAACAGCUAAGGCAACGGCUAAGACGAAAACAAAUACAGCGCAAUCCGUAGGCCAACAACACAAAGAGCUGCAACAGCAGCAACAAAAGGUGGUAGCCGCAAAUGGAGGCGGAAGUGCCAGCUCAGCAAAGAGCGAGCAGCAGAGGAUCCGGGAUCUUUACCAGCGCCUGUAUCCCGAUGCAGUGAAAGCGCAGUCGGGCAAUGCCCUGCAGGCAUCCUUCGACCAGUGGUUAGAACAGGUCCUUGCCACCCACGUCAAGCAGCAGCAGGAUAAGCUGCGGCAGAAGAUUGAGGCAGAGAAGCCUGAGAAACAGAGCAGCAGUAGUCAUAAGUCCACACAAUCAAACAACAGUAGCAGUAGCAACCACAAUAGCACCCACAACAAUAUUAGUAGCAAUAAUAGUAGUUCGAAUAGCCAAUCCUCCUCCGCCGCCGAGCAGCAGGAGCUGCACAAACAGAACCUGCAGUUGCGCGAGUGCAACGACAAGCUCACCCAGCUGGUCACCAAGACGACCAACACGCUGAUGGAUUUGGAGGAGCGUGCUCGUGAGCAGGACGAGCACUGGCGUGGCAUCGUCGACCAGAAGGAGCAGCUGAUCCUUACGCUGCAGCAGCACGCCUCCAACGGGGAACAGGACAUUUAAUGUCAAACAGAGGGAGAUAUAUGAAUGGGAAGAAGGAGGCCAACAACGACGAUAAACUGACAAGUAACUGCAGAGUUUGUCCAACUUCCAUAACAACAGCAACAGUAAAAAACCAACAACAAUUCUAACAAUCUAUUAAGUUUAAAGUUAAUGUAACAAGAGAAAGGCGAGAAAAAUUAAGUAAACUUAAAGCAUGACCCACAACAACAGCAACAUUUAACAUUUUAUAGUAGCGAAAUCCAACAAUUACGAGAAUAAAGAACUACGGAACGCUUUAAGAAAUUAUAUACACAUAACUAAAGCAAGAUUAUGAUAACAAUCGAAACUUGUGCAAUGUUAAACGAAAAGAAAGGAAAAGCUAGAGAAGGAAAAGCCAGACUCUACAGAUAGAAGUAGGCUAUUUCCACCCAUGCCCUCCCAAAAAAUCAAUCCCGAAAACAGUAACAAAAUCCAUUGCUGCUGCUACUUUCAACUUAUUAUUUAUCCAAUACUUCGCAUGCGAUUAUUAUUUUUUAUGUUACACUUGCAUUUAAAAACGCGCUAUAACCCAAUGUAUAUGUAUCUUAUGUUAGGCAAAUGAAUUUAAAACCAUUCUACUUAGAAGGCAAAUCCACACAAAUAAAUAAAAAGAAAAACAGUGUGA